GACAGCAAAGUUGAAGCGCAACUACUUGUUGAUGUUGAUCGGUGAAGUUCUCGCGAAUUUAGUAGUAUACUUCGUGAUUAUUUCGCCUUAUUAAUCUCUGCGUCGCAAUUUGUGUUGUUUCGUGAUAGUGUUUGUGUGAAAGUGGAUACUUGUCAACGCGCGGCAAAGGAUAAUUUCAAUUGGUAAAGAGACACAGUAUGAGCUGCGCGGCUCGGGACCCAGUAGCGACGACAUGACACAGCGAGAAGAUGUCCUCAAGUUUGAGCAGGGCCGUAUCAAGGCGCUCCAAGAAGAGCGUCUUCACAUACAGAAGAAGACUUUUACCAAAUGGAUGAACUCGUUUUUACAAAAGCCAAGGAUGGAGGUGGAGGACUUGUUCACGGACCUGGCCGAUGGGCGAAAGCUCCUCAAGCUGUUGGAGAUCAUCAGUGGCGAGAAGCUUGGCAAGCCCAACAACGGCAAGAUGCGGGUUCAUAAGGUGGAGAACGUCAAUAAGAGUUUGGCCUUCCUGCACACCAAGGUGAGGUUGGAGAGUAUCGGUGCCCAGGACAUCGUAGAUGGCAACCCUCGUCUCAUAUUGGGUUUGAUCUGGACCAUCAUCUUGAGGUUCCAGAUUCAAGAGAUUGAGAUAGAUGUGGAUGAAGAAGAUGAGAGCAGUGAAAAGAAAUCAGCCAAAGAUGCUUUGCUGCUUUGGUGUCAAAGGAAGACCACUGGAUAUCCUAAUGUGGCUAUUCAAGACUUCACUUCGUCUUGGAGAAGCGGGUUGGGAUUCAACGCUCUCAUUCACGCUCACAGACCAGACCUGAUCGACUUCAAAGAGCUGCAGCCGACCCGACAUAUCGACAAUCUCAACAACGCCUUCGACAUCGCCAACGACGAACUGGGCAUCCCUCGGCUGUUGGAUGCCGAAGAUGUCGACACUAGUAGACCUGACGAGAAGUCCAUCAUCACGUACGUCGCCUCGUAUUAUCACACCUUCGCCCGGAUGAAGAAUGAGAUGAAGAGUGGUCGGAGGAUAGCCAAUAUUGUUGGACAGAUGAUGGAUGCAGACAAGAUGAAAGUUCAUUACGACAGACUAACAACGCGACUGUUGGACUGGAUACGAGCUAAGAUACUGGAGCUGGAGAACAGAAACUUUCCUAACUCUUUGGAAGGGAUCCAAAAAGAGCUCCUAAAAUUUAAAGAAUACCGUACCAUAGAAAAACCGCCCAAAUACAAAGAGCGCAGUGAGAUAGAAGCGUUGUACUUUCACAUCAACACACAGCUCAAGUCGCUGAACCAGCCAGCGUUCAUACCUCAGGACGGUCAGCUGAUCCAUGACCUGGAGAGGGUGUGGCAGGAGCUGGAGCGAGCGGAACACAGACGCGAGGUGGCUCUACGUCAAGAACUGCUACGACAGGAACGCCUUGAGCAACUCAACUACAAGUUUGAAAGAAAGAGUGUGUUACGAGAAGGCUACCUGAAGGAGAUGAUACAGGUUUUGUCGGACCCGAGGUAUGGCAGCAGUUUGGCUCAGGUGGACGCAACAGUGAAGAAACACGAGGCUAUCAGUGCGGAUAUCAUCGCCAGGGAAGAACGAUUCCACGACCUGACCAACAUGUGUGAGGAGCUGGUCAGAGAGAGGUAUCACGGGUGUGAGCGAGUGCAGGCUAAGGAGAAGGAGGUGAUGCAGAGGUGGCAGGAUUUGCUGAAGCUGUUGGACAAACACAGACUGAACCUCAACAUGUUGUGUACUCUGAUGUCCAUGCUGAGGGAGAUAGACACUGUCAUGACCACCAUAAAGGAUCUGGAGGUCAACUUCCAGUCCGGAGACGUUGGAGGUCACCUGAUGGGUGUGGAGGAGUUGCUGCAGAAGCACAGUCUUGUAGAGAUGCAGGUGACAGUGGCGAUGGGAGAGACUGUGCGUCGUCUGGGCAGACAAGGGCAGCAGUACGUGACGGCUGGUCACAGAGAGGCACCUCUACUGCAGGGCCGACUGGACCAGCUCAACACUGCGUACUCCAAUCUGGUGGAGAGCAGCAAAGAGAGACGCACAAGGCUGGAGGACGCCAGGAAGUGUUUCCAGUUUGUCCAGGACCAUGAGGAUGAGGAGGGGUGGCUGGUGGAGAAGCAGAGGAUCUGCAAGGCGGGUGUGUCUGCCAAGGAUCUGCGUGCCGUAGUCAGCCUACAGCAGAAACAUAAGGUUUUGAUGGACGAAAUGAAGAUGCGUAAACCAAAGUGUGACAAGUUGUGCGAGUCGGGCGACAGUCUCGUGGCUGAGAAACAUCCCAAGUCAGACGACAUCCAGGCUCGGAUACACAGCCUGCAGGAGCACUGGCGGACCCUCAGCGAGCUUGCUGCCACUCGCAAGAAACAGCUGGACGAGGCCGCUGAAGCCUUUCAGUUCUACGCUGACGCUAACGAGGCGGAGUCGUGGCUGAACGAGCGGCUGGCGCUGGUGACUUCGGGCGACUGUGGUGAGGAUGAGCCGAGCGCCCAGUCACUACUGCAGCGGCACAGAGACCUGCAAGGCGAACUGAAGGCCUACAGUGGAGACAUUCAGAGCCUCAACACACAGGCCGAACAGCUGGUCACUGCGGGGAUAUCCACACUCAAGCUGCAACAAGAGCCGGAGACGGUGGAAGAGUUUGAGACGAGAGAAGAGUGGGUGAAGGAGGCGAGACUGGUGCCUCAGGAGGUGUGGGAGGAGGAGCCAGUGGAGAGGGUGGAGUAUCGGACGGUCAUGGAGGAGAAGGCCAUUCCCCAGGUUAAGAGUCUGUACCCCUUCAGUGGCCAGGGGAUGGUGAUGGCCAAAGGAGAGGUGAUGUUCCUGCUGAGCAAGACCAACCCUGAUUGGUGGAGUGUGCGCAAGAGCAAUGGUCAGGACGGGUUCGUGCCAGCCAACUACGUGAGGGAGGUAGAGCCCAAGGUGAUGCAGAUCCCCGUGAGAAAGGCAGAGAAAGUGCGAGGAGUGCAGAGGGUGCAGAAGACGAAGAUGGUCAAACAGAUGGUGCCUGUGAAGAAGACCAUCCAGACAAAGACAACAGGGAAACCCGCCAAAAACAAGUCUGUUGAUGAUGAUAACCAGAACGUCGAGAAACGUCUGAAGAAAAUAAACAACACUUAUAGUAAUCUUCUGGAUCUUGCAGAGAAACGAAGAGCACUUCUUGAGGACUCUAUUCGACUCUUUGGUUUCUACCGGGAGUGUGACGACUUUGAAAAAUGGAUCAAAGACAAGGAAAAAAUGCUUCGCACAGAAGACAGAGCUGAUAGCGUGGAAACAGCUAAGAGGAAAUACGAGAAAUUCCUGACUGACCUGUCGGCCAGCGGGAAGCGUGUUGAGGCUUUGGACGCAGCCGUGGAGGAGUUUGUCAGACAAGGUCACAGUCAGCUAGACAAGGUCAAGGCCAGACAGAAGCAGAUACAUCAGAUGUGGAACCAUCUGAACUGGCUCAAGGCGCAGAAGGAGAAGAGUCUGGAGGGUGCUUCAAGUGUGGAGCUGUUCCACCGCACGUGUGACGAGGCGAGAGACUGGAUGUUGGAGAAGAUGACACAGCUAGACUCGGCCGAGGUGGGUCCCGACCUCAAGACUGUGCAGGCAUUGCAACGCAGACAUCAACAACUAGAGAGAGAGCUGGCCCCGGUACAGGAGAAGGUCAACCGGGUCAACCUACUAGCCAACUCAGUAAUGUCAUCGUAUCCGAAUGAAAAACCAAACGUGAAGGUCCGACAAAAGGAGGUACAGGAAAUGUGGGAGCAAGUCAAGGACAAAGCUGUGGAGAGGAGAUCACGGUUGGAGAAUGCUGUUGGACAGCAAAUCUUCAUGAACAGUUCCAAGAAUUUGUUAAACUGGAUCUCGACAGUAAAGGAAGCCCUCAAUGCUGAAGAAAAUGCCAGAGACGUGGCAACAGCGGAACUCUUACUGAAGAACCAUCAAGAUCUAGGAGACGACAUACGAGCGCACCACGAUGAGUUGGUAGAGGUGAGCUCGUUGGGUCAGCAGCUGUUGACGCGUAAUCCUGCGUUGACCGAGGUAAAGGAGAGGCUAGGCUGGUUGGACACUGAGUACGCAGCCACGCGGCGAGGCUACGACCAGAAGGGCGACUGGCUGAGACAGUGUCUCGACUUGCAACAGUUCAACAAGGAGGCUGACCACAUAGACACAACCACCUCCAGUCACGAAGCAUUCUUGGAGUUCACAGACCUCGGGGGAACCUUGGAUGACGUGGAAGCAUUGCUAAAGCGACAUGAAGACUUUGAGAACACUCUGAGCGUUCAGGACGACCGGAUAAAGGCGUUCAAUGAGAUGGCUAACAAGUUGAUAGCUGCUGAUCACUACGACAAAAAGUACAUUGACGAACGUAGACACCAAGUACUAUCUCGCAGACAGGCUUUGAAGGCAUUGGCGGCAGAACGUCGCGCUGCGCUGCUUGCUGCCAAAACCUUCCAAGAGUUUGCUGCUGAUGUGGACGACCUCGACACUUGGCUCAACGACAAGAUGAAGACAGCCGGAGACGAGAGUUACCGAGAUCUGACAAACAUUGAGCGGAAACUGCAAAAACACGAGGCCUUCGAGAGAGAACUUCGGGCUAACGAGGGGCAGUUAAGGGCUGUCAACAAGACGGGCCAGGCUCUAGUGUCAGACAAGAACUACCGAGCACCAGAAGUGUCGACUAUGCUGACUCAGUUGAACCGACGCUGGGAGACGCUGGUGUCACUCUCUCUAGACAAGGGACGACGUCUGCGUCAGGCUGCAGCUCAGCACAGCUACAACCGCACUAUGGACGACGCUCGGACCAAGCUUGAGGAGCUCGGCUCUAAUCUGGAGUCCCGUCAGGUGGGCUCGGACUUGCGCAAUGUCAAGAAGCUUCUUAAGGAACACCAGGUGAUCGAAACAGAAAUAAUCCAGUGGGAAGAGAGAAUUGGAGACUUGGUAGCCCUGGGCCAGGAGAUGGUCCAUGAGGGCCACUUUGACGCAGACAAUAUCUUGAAGGCCAGCAAGGAGUGCCAGGAAAGGUUCGGCUCCCUGCAAGGUCCGGCCCGCAAGCGAAGAGAGGCUUUGGAAGAGUCACUGCGGUUCCACAAGUUUGGGUUUGAGCUGGAGGCGGAGCUCAGUUGGAUCAGGGAACACCUGCCGCUGGCAUCGUCCGAGACUCUGGGUCAGAACCUGUACCAGGCGCAGUCACUGUACAAGAAACACAAGAAAUUGGAGGCGGAGAUACAGGGUCAUCAGCCGAUGAUUGACAGAACACUCGCCUCUGGAGAGGCGCUUGUACAUCAGAGCCAUCCGGAGACUAAACAGGUGGAGUCGCUAUGUGUUGGUCUGCAGGAUGCCUGGCAGGACCUCAAGCAGAAGGCGUACGAGAGAAGCAAGAAGCUAGAGCUGUCACUGAAGGCUCAGCAGUUCUUCUUCGAGGCCAGUGAAGUGGAGAGUUGGCUGUCAGAGCGCAACGAUGUUUUGUCCUCAACAGACUAUGGCAGGGACCGCGACGCUGCGUCCAAACUGCUCACCAAACACAAGGCGCUUGAGCUGGAGUUGGACACCUAUUCCGGUAUUGUGACGGAGAUGGGUACAGCGGCCAACGUGAUGAUCAACGCCAAACACCCGGACGCCAAGGCUAUCGCUAGCAAACAGACGGCCAUCGCACAGCAGAUGCGGACACUGCAGAAGUUGGCGAGCGCUAGACAGCAACAUCUGGUGGAGAGUAUGUGUCGACACGAGUACCUCAGUGAGAGCGCCGAGCUGGAGACCUGGAUACGAGAACAGAUGACUGCAGCGGCUAGCGAGGACUAUGGCCAGGACUUUGAGCAUUUGCUGAUAUUGCAAAACAAGUUUGACGACUUGAAACACAGAGUGGAAGCCGGAGCCGAAAGAUUCAACCAAUGUGAAGACUUGGCCAAGAAACUCAUCUCAAACGACAGUCCGUACACAGCGGACAUUGAGAAACGCCAGGACCAACUGAGCGAGACAGCUGACUUUGACGCGGUUACGGAGGUGCAGAUAAGGCACCAAACUGUCAGGGAGUCGUGGCAGCAACUACUGCUAGUGCUAGACAACAGAGAGCAGCGUCUGGCGGCUGCUGGCGAGAUACACAGGUUCCACCGAGACGUUGCCGAGGCACUGAGCCGCAUACAUGACAAAGACGCAGCCAUCUCCGACGACCUUGGACGCGACCUCAACUCCGUCCUAGCGCUCAUACGCAAACAUGAAGGCUUUGAGAAUGAUCUGGUUGCGUUGGAGGCCCAACUUCAGGUGCUUGUAGAGGAUGCUGUGAGACUACAGGCGCAGUACCCAGGCACCAACGCCAGCCACAUUGCCCAGCAGCAGGCGGUAGUCGUAUCCAGCUGGUCGGCGCUACAGGAGAGAUCGGCAGCGCGCCGGGAGAUGCUGCAAGCCAGCUGUGACCUUCAUCGCUUCCUUGCUCAGGUGAGGGACCUGAUGAACUGGGCGAGUGGUCUGCGUGCAGCUAUGUUGACAGAGGAGAAGGUGCGAGACGCAGCCUCCGCCCAGACUCUCAAGGCAGAACACGAGGCAGUCAAGGCGGAGAUAGAGGCGAGGGAGGAGAGUUUCCGACAGGUUAUGGAGCUGGGAGAGACCAUGGUUCAGGCCGACCACUAUGCCUCACAGGAGAUCCAAGAGAAGUUCAGUCAGCUGUUGGAGGAGCGGCAGCGUCUACACAGCGCCUGGCAGCACAAGAAGGUACAUCUUGAUCAGCUGAUUGAUCUGCACUUCUUCCUGAGAGACGCCAAGCAAAUCGACACCCUGUGCGGCACUCAGGAGGCGGCCUUGUCUGGCAUAGACUUUGGAGAGACGGUGGAUGAGGUGUCGGCUUACGUCAAGAAGCACGAUGCAUUUGAGAAGCUCCUGGCCACUCAAGAGGAGAAGGUGGUGGCGUUGCAGGAGCACGGAGACAAGCUCCUGGCUCAGCAGCACUUUGAGAGCGACCUCAUCUCCCGGCGCAUGGCGGAAGUGGUGGCCCGGCGCCACCGGGUCAAAGACCUCUGCGCGCUACGCAGACAACGGCUGGAUGAUGCGCUUUUGUACGCGCAGUUUGUCAGGGAUGUUGGCGAGGCUGAAUCGUGGAUUGGUGAGAAACAGAAGAAACUUGAGGUUGAGGUCAACAAAGGUGAAGUGAGCAGUCUUGAAGACAAGAUAAAGAAACUGCAGAAACAUCAAGCGUUCCAAGCAGAGCUGGCAGCUAACCAGCCGCGGAUCACUGCAAUCAAAGACAACGGUGAGAUGUUACUGAGCAAAAAACACAAGGCGUCGCGUGAGAUCCGACAGCAGCUGGAGCAACUGUUGAGUUCUUGGCGCUCUCUGCUACAGGAGAGCAACAACAGAGGCCGGGGACUGGAGGAGGCUCAAGAUAUACUGGAGUUCAACAACCAGGUGGACAAGAUAGAGGCUUGGAUCAGGGACAAGGAGAUGAUGGUACAAGCGGGAGACAUGGGCAGAGACUACGAGCAUUGUUUGGCACUGCAGCGUAAACUGGACGACGUGGACAGCGACAUGCGAGUGGACGACUCGAGGAUAAGAGCCAUCAACAGUCUGGCGGACAAGCUGAUCAGACAGGGCCGCAGCGACACAGCGUCUGUGCAACAACGGAGAGAGCACUUCAACAACAAGUGGCGAGGGUUGCAAGGAGCAUUGGGUGAGUACAGGGAACACCUUGCAGGUGCACUGGAGAUCCACGCCUUCAAUCGUGACGUCGACGACACAAGUCAGCGAGUGGGAGAGAAGGCGGUGGCCAUGGCGACGGAGGACACCGGCCGCGACCUACAGGCCUGCCAACACCUGCUGCGCAAACAGGAUGGCAUCGAACGCGACAUGACUGCCAUCGAAGGCAAGAUCAAGGAACACGAGGUGGAGUGUCGCCGGUUGGUGCAGAAGUAUCCGGACAUGUCAACACCAAUCCGCAGCAAGCUGUCAGAGCUGCAGGACAGCUGGAGGCAGCUGCAGACACUGUGCAGCAGACGACGCGAUCAGCUGACCUCGGCCUUCACUCGACACAAGUUCUUGGCCGACCUGAAGGAGCUUGAUCUGUGGGUGGCUGACACCAUCAAGAAGAUGACCUCGUCUGAGUUACCCAACAACGUGGCCGAAGCUGAGGCUCUGCUUGAGCUGCAUAAUGAGCGCAAGGCGGAGAUUGACGGACGACAAGAGACAUUCAAGGCGCUGAAGGAGGCUGGUCUUCGCCUGACACCUGCACCUGAGGAAGAGCUGGGGCGCCUGGAGGAGCUGCGGCGUCGCCUGGCUGGUGCUUGGGACGAGAGGCGCAGUCGGCUGACUCAAGCUCUACAACUACAGCAGUUCCGAGAGCAGGCUGACCAGGCGGACAGCUGGCUCGCAGCCAAGGAGGCAUUCCUCAACAAUGACGACCUUGGGGAGUCGUUGUCCGGAGUGGAGGUCCUGCUUAGAAAGCACGAAGCCUUUGAGAAGACGGUCCUGGCGCAGAUGGGCAAGAUAGAAGAGUUGGAGAAGUUUGGGACGGAGUUGCUAGCGGCUCACCACUAUGACAGUGCUGCCAUCACCCAAAGGCUACAGGCUGUGACUGCACGCCGAGACAGACUGAAGGAAUCUGCAGCCGCUCGUCGCAACAAACUACACCAGUCUCGCCAACUGCAUCAGUUCCUGCGCAACAUGUAUGAGGUCGAGGCGUGGUUGCUUCAAAAACAGCAGAUAGCUAACGACGAGAACUACAGAGAUCCAACAAAUCUGCAGAGUAAGAUGCAGAAGCACGCCGCGUUCGAGUCAGAGUUGGCCGCCAACAGAGGACGGGUGGGGGCGGUGACCAGCGAAGGAGAGGCUCUGAUUGGUGCUGGACACUUUGCAGGGCUGGAGAUACAAGCGAGGCUAGACGACCUGGAGGCGGAGUGGAGAGCCCUGCAGGAGGCUAGCUUGCUCAAGAGGGAGAGGCUGAAUGACGCCUACCAGGCGCUGCUGUUCACACGGACACUGGAGGAAUUGGAGAGUUGGACAGAUGAGGUGGAGAGUCAGCUGCAGUCGGAGGACCAUGGCAAGGACCUGGCGAGCACCAUGAACCUGCUGAAGCGACACUCGCUGCUGGAACAUGACGUGACUAGCCAUGGCGAGCAGUGCACGCAGCUGCAAGACACUGCGGCAGCGUUCCAGCGGUCCAACCACUUUAUGAAGGAGGAGAUACAGGACCGCGCCCACGCUGUUGUCAAGAGGUACCAGUCGCUGCAGGAACCAAUGCAGAUUCGCAGAGACAACCUGGAGGAUGCUCUGUUGCUGCAUCAGUUCCUACGAGAUGCAGACGACGAGCUGGCAUGGCUGGCUGAGAAGGAGCCUCUGGCUGCCUCCACGGACCUCGGCAACAGUCUCAACGCUGUACAGAGUCUGCAGAAGAAACAUCAAGUGUUGGAAGCAGAAAUAGCCUCAAGAGAGCCUGUCGUAGCAGCGUUGGCCAGCAGAGCCCAGCAAAUGGUGCGCAGUGGACAUUUUGCCUCUCCUCGCAUCGAGGCUAGCAUCAACGAACUGCAAGAGCGACUGGUGCACAUUCGAGAUCUGGCGAGUGUGAGGCGGCUACGACUGUUGGAUGCCGUGGAAUCCCAGAUGUUUUACGCUGAAGCGAGUGAAGCAGAGACGUGGCUGAGGGAGAAGAGGCCGUUGUUGACGUCCUCGGACUUUGGUAAAGAUGAAGACUCGGUCCAGUCACUACUGAAGAAGUUGGAGGGGAUAGAGCGAGAGCUGAGCACAUUCCAGACCAACGUCGGACGUCUGGCGAAGCUAAGUCAUGGUCUGGUGGAUAGAGGUCACUUUGACAGUCAAAAAAUCGGAGAGAAACAGACGCAGAUAGAAACAGAGCUGAAUUCACUGCAGUCACUAGCCAAGGUGCGAGAGACUCGACUGAAGGAGUCACUCAAAGUGUUCCGCUUCGUACGAGAGGCUGAGGAGGUGGCGGAGUGGAUUGGAGACCAGACGGCUGUCGCGGCUAGCGAGGACUACGGCCGAGAUGUAGAACAUGUGGAACUUCUUAUACAGGCCUUUGACACAUUCCUGAGUAGUCUGAGUGGUAACGAGGGACGAGUGUUGUCUUGUAUACAGUCUGGCCAUACUCUAGUGUCUGAGGGCAGUCCACAAUCCCAGCUGAUACAACUGAAGCUGGCCGAGACCAAACAGCUGUGGGAGGACCUCAAGGAGCUGGCCAACGCUCGACAGGAGGCUCUAGCAGGCGCCAAGCAGGUGCAUGUGUUUGACAGAACAGCUGACGAGACCAUCACAUGGAUACAGGAGAAGGAUGCUUCAAUAUCUGCCGAGGGCUACGGCCAGGACCUGGAGACUAUCCAGGCGUUGGUGCGCAAACACGACGGCUUCCAGACUGACUUGGCGGCUGUUAAGGAACAGGUGGAGUCUGUAGUGGAAGAGGCGGGACGGUUGGCCGGACUGUUCCCUGAUGCAAGGGAUCACAUCGAGGUGAAGCACGAGGAGACAUUGGAUGCUUGGACACAGCUGUUGGAGAAGGCGGAGCAGCGACGAGACAAACUGCGCCAGGCCGAGCAGCUGCAGACGUACUUUGACCAGUACAGAGAACUCAUAGCGUGGAUAAACGAGAUGAUCGCCAAGGUGACUGCGCCGGAUCUCGCACAAGAUGUGGCCGGUGCAGAGGCACUGAUCUCUAGACACCAGGAGUCGCGCGCCGAGAUCGACAGUCGCAGUGACGCCUUCACCGCGUUCUACGCAACUGGGCGACAACUCAUCAACCAGGAUCACUUCCUCAGCAAUGAGAUUCGGGAGAAAAUAAGAGUUUUGGAGCAGAGGAAAAAUGUAUUAGAUGACACGUGGGAAAAACGGAAAGUCAUCUACGAACAGAACUUGGACACUCAGAUGUUCAAACGAGAAGCAGACCUUUUGGAGAACUGGAUCGUGUCUCGGGAGCCGAUCCUUCACGACGGCAAACUGGGAGAAUCCAUCCCUCAGGUCGAGGAUCUACUGAGGAAACACGAGGACUUUGAGAAGACCAUCCAGGCUCAAGAAGAUAAGUUCCAGGCACUUAGGAGGAUUACACUGCUGGAGAAGGCGUUUCAAAAGCAGCGGGAGGCUGAGAUGGCUGAGAGACAAGCGGAGAGAGAGAGACUCGAGAGGGAGAGACUGGAGGCUCGGAAGAGGAAGGAGGUCCAAAGGAUAACUGAUGAGCGGAGGAAGGAAGGUGAACGCAGGACAGGAACGCAAGUUAGGCCAGUCCCAGAACACAACGGAGGCUCCGAACUGGCUGACUCAAGCUAUGAGCCCCAACGGUUGGAGCCCCCAGUGCCGUUGGACAGGCCGCUGCCGCAGGGCUCCUACGGGCUGGCACGCUCUCGAUCAGCUGUGGCCGACAUGGAGGCGCUCAGGUUCUCCCAGGAUAACGAUACUGUCUCCAAUCUGCAGAAGUCAAGCAGCAUCUCAUCCUUGUUGGGUGAUCGUCUGGGCAGAAAAGAUGUUAAACGAGCUGAAAGCAUGAAGGUGGAUAUGAAGAAGCCCAAGAGAACUCCGAGCUUCACGACGAGAAGACGGACUCAGAGUUUCCGCAAGCUGCAGAAGGGGGGCUUGGAGCAGAUGGAAGCUUUGCCUCCGGUGGAGAUACAGGGCGUUCUGGAACGCAAACACGAACUGCAGAGUGGAGGCAAGAAGGCGGCCGUGCGAUCAUGGAAGUCGUUCUAUACCGUACUCUGUGGUCAGCUGUUGUGCUUCUUCAAGGACAAGGAUGACUUUGUAUCCAGCAAGGCAGCCACGUCUCCUGUCAUCAUCUUCAAAGCCAAGUGUGAAAAGGCUGACGAUUAUGUCAAGAGAAAACAUGUCUUCAGACUGUGCUGCACUGACGGAUCGGAGUUCUUGUUUGCUGCGUCCAGUGAGGCGGAGAUGGAGGAUUGGGUCAACAAAGUCAGCUUCCACGCCAAAUUGCCUCCCAGCCUACAGCUGCUCAGCUACGACGAGACUCACAAGGGUUCGCCAGGCCAAGACCACCAGUUGCCGUUGUCUGCGCCGGCGGACGUCAGCUCAGACUCUAGCCGAGGGUCGACGCCAGAGGUGGCGCGCCGGCGCAGCUCAGCCACCCGUGUGCCAGUACCGGUGGUGCCGCCUCGCACGGCUCCCCCACCCAUACCUGUCAGGACUUCUUCCACCGAGUCUGUGCCCUCUCAGCCACUACCCACACUGCGGCAACGGCCAGAUGUAGAACUCGCCCCGAGGCCGCAGUCAUACCAUCCUCAAAGUAAUUCUCGACUCAGUAAUUCUCACAAUCAACACAACGGAGACUCUGAAUGGUAUCACAACUCUCACCCUCAACAAGAGAUGCCGCCGCCACUGCCAACGUCUGCGCCGCCUCUACGAGGAGUUCCUAUCCAGCCCCAGAGGAACCCCUGGCCUGCAGACUCUAGCUAUCGGCACGGCACCAUUUAUGGAAAUAUUGGAGCUGGACAACCAAAUAAUAACCAGCCCAACAUCAACAUGAACGUAAACAGAUCGUCCACAUUGCCACCUUACGUUGCACCUCCGCCUGCGACGUUCGUUACCAACACAGAUUCGAGGCGUCCGAGCGAGAGUUCUAGUGAAAACGAACAACAGUCAGCCGGCCCUCGUAAAGACAAGCGACAGAACGUCUUAUCCUCAUUAUUUCGUAAAAAGAAGGCUACUAAUCUAUAGUAAAGGCCAACAACACUAGUUCUUGUUGGUAUAUUUUUGGAUAAAUUUUAAGGAUAAUUGUAAACUCCAUGAAUUUAAUAUUUUAUUUUAUUAUGUGCCAGGUUAUGGUAUGUUAGGUAGUUAAUUUAUGUUUGCCAAAUAAUAAGAAUUAAGGCUGAUAAAUUUGUAUGUUAAAUUUAAUUGAAAACAUUUUAAGGUAAUUUUUAGGUCCUUUAAAAAAGAGUAUAUUUUUAUUGCCUAGGCCUACGUAUUUCCCUUAAGUCGUCUUAACAGUGUAUAUUUUUCUUAUGUACCUUUGUAAAUUUUCUCUUUUGAGUCAAUUUAUUGUAGUGUAUUGUUUUUUCUUGUAGAUAUUUUCAAAUGAGCUUAGUUUGAUUUUUACAAGUAGACUUUUUUCUUUUAGACAUUGUUAUUGUUGCAGUUUUCUGGCUUUAUAGUUUUAUUUUAUUAAGCUGUUUAUAUGUAUUAUAAUUUUUGUUUUGUACAGAUAAGUUAAUUAUAUGUUACUGAAAACAAUAUAGUUAUGGAAGAAUUAUCAAAAGCAUAAUGUAUAUGAGGAUUAUAUACCUUAAAUAUAUAACUGUUUAUUUAUAUAAAUAUAUUGCUUAGUUUAUAUGAAUUUACUAAGUUACAUAAUUUCACGUCUAUGUGACCAAGGAACUUCUUUUCUCAGUAUUUUUAUAGUGUGAUUUUGUAAACUUGUCAGAUACACUAAGGAAUUAUUUAUAGGUUUAUUAAAUAUAUACAUAUUUUCUGUG